UUCGUUUGUUGGAUCAGUUGGAGCUACACAGCGUCGUCGAGCGGUUCGUUGCUGUGAAUGUGCGGUUGCGCAUUAACAAUAAAUACGAAAAUAAUAUUUUGUUGUUGCUAGCUUAUUUUGGUACUAUACGGACCGUGUAUUUCCGCCAAGAACCCCGAAAAUUACCCGGAAAAGUGACUAAUUAUUGGAGGCUUAUUUAUAGCGACGCGCAACAAGUGUUCCUGGUAUUGCAGAUAAUAAAAGUGCAAUUAUAUUUUUAAAGAAAAUUGCGUUCUGUUUAUAGUGUUGUUGUCAGAACUUCGGUGCUGUCUGUUCAAUUACUUUGCAUAUUGCGGCAAAGCUGUUUGUGUAUACACGUGUUGUUGCUGUGUUAGUGCAAUGAAAUCGUAAACGCAUGCGCAACAUUUUGGCUCGAAGCGUAGAAACAUUUGGCACAACCAUAAACCACAAGCUUGCCUCUGUGUCAACAACAACAACAACAAGAACAACAACGAUACUUCUACGCCUGUUAGCCGUGUGGUGAUAUUGCAAGUAAGCAAACUCAACGCAGUCGACAUAUUUCACUUGCAUGAAUUUUUUUCGAAAUGAAGUGAUUCCUUGAGGACUUUUAAUGCGGGAACCACAAAACAAUAUAAUAUAAUAUAAUUGUAUGAAAGAAAUUAUAAUUUGCUGGGAAUAUGAGUCGCCUACAUGUAAUUGUUCAUCCUGUGAAAAAGGAGUUACGUCGGGAUAAAUGUGGUUUUGAUCACACACCAGCAGAUGACUUCGUUAAAUCACAAUGGCAGAGCUGCACCAAAAGCGUUGUGUAUUUAAUUUAUCGUUGGCUUAUUGCGUUGUUCUUCACCGCCGUCGUCAUAGAUUCGAUGCUCGAAAAGGAGGAGGGUUCAUCGACAAACUUUUGGCUGUAUUUUAUUUACCUGACCAACUGGGGUGUAAUGCUUUGUAUGCUUACGAAUCUAUUGGGCGCCAUUUUGGUCACCACAUGGCAUUUUCAUCCAGAGUAUGCGGAUAACCUUUUAAAUAUGGAGUCGCUGACUAGUCCAUUCGUCAUCUAUUGGGGCAUGCAUAUUAUAUCUUUAGUCCUUUCAAUAGUGAUAACCGUAAUCUAUUGGAGUGUGCUCUAUGAUGCUGCUGAGAGCUCAUUAAACGCCACGAACGUGCUGACACAUGCCUGCAAUUCCAUUUUUAUGUUCAUCGAUUUGCUGAUUGUGGCACACCCGUUGCGGCUACUGCAUAUGUUUCUACCAGCGUUAUUUGGUAUCAUAUUUGCGAUAUUCUCCGUCAUAUACCAGACAUGUGGCGGCAAAAACAGAAAGGGCAAACCGUACAUUUAUCACGUGAUUGAUUGGCGUGAACCGUUAAAUGCCACGCUUGUGGUUCUUGGCGUGCUCCUGCUUACCUGCUGCAUCUACUUGAUACUCUUCACCAUCUACAAGCUGCGCACUCUGCUCUAUAGACGCAUAAAUAAUGCCUCAUACUACUUCCCAACAACAAUGCCGCACACUGGCGGUGCCGAGAAGUCCGCAAAUGGCACUUUGCCGAAAACAGUUAAAGGCACGGGCAUCCAGCAUUCGCCUUCCGGUAUUUCUAUGGUGUUCGGUAACUUCAACACGCCCACUGGCUAUCAUAACGAAGCGUUCACGAGUAGCACCGAGAAGUUGGAGCGGUAUUAAGCAAUUAUUGCGGGGAGUUUACAGGGAAACAAUGUGUAGUUCAAAUUAAAAUUGUAGGAUUAAUGAAUAUUAUUUGUAUAUAUGUAUAGUAGUUUGCAUGCCUGUUUAAAGUGUAUUGAUUAACACCUCAUUUUUCGUGAUUAAUGUACAAAAUAAGUUUAAAAACAUUUAUUGUUUCACUUUUAUCUGCAUUUAGUAAAUGAAUAUUGUAGCGUAUUGCUAGCAAAUUGUUUAGUACGUUUUCCAUCAUUUUUAAGAAUAGACGUAGCAUUAGUUAAGAAAUCUCGAACUGGUUGUGCGUAUACCUUUAAAAAAGAUCAAAUACAAAAGAUACAAUAUAUAAAAACUAA